AGUCUUCUAAGAAAAUGUUUGCGCUAUGUCUGAUAUUUCUACUUCUCAGGAAGAUUGCCGCAACACAUUUGUCAGCCAAGCACCUUGUGUCAGCCAACAUUGGAGAUAUAGUGACUUUGCCCUGCUCCCAUGAAAACAGUUUGGCACUUAAGUUUUUGUGGUACAAGCAAACCCUUGGAGAACAUCCCAAAAUCUUGUCAACCUUUAAUGACUACGACAAUAAUGCUACAUUUCUCAAUGAAUUUAAAGACGACCAUCGUUUUUCGGUUCAAAUUGGAAAAACAAUAAAUAAGUUAAGUAUUUCAGACUUGCGGCUCUCAGAUUCGGCCACAUACUACUGUGGAAGUUCUUAUUCCAACAAGGUGGAAUUUGGAAAAGGAUUCAUUGUCAUUGUUAAAGGUUCAGGUUUCAGAAAAACUUCUGUUGUACAACAACCUGAGUCUGAAUCCGUCCAUCCAGGAGACUCAGUGUCUCUGAACUGUACAAUAAACACUGGGACCUGUGAAGGAGAACACAGUGUCUAUUGGUUCAGACGUGACUCAGGAGAAUCUCCUCCAGGAAUCAUUUCUACCAAUGGAGACAGGAGUGGUCAGUGUAUGAAGAGCUCUGAGUCUGGGUCUCCUACACAGAGCUGUGUCUACAACCUCCCCAAGAGGAACCUCAGCCUCUCUGAUACUGGGACUUACUACUGUGCUGUGGAAUCAGGAGGAGAGAUACUGUUUGGAAAUGGAACCAAGUUGGAGGUCCUGUCAGACCAAAACCGUCUUCUAUUGGUUUACUGUCUGGGAGUCGCAUUGGGUGUCUCAUUCAUCCUGAUCAUUGUACUUACUUGUAUCAUGUACAAGAUAAAGAAGAGGACUUGUCUACAGUGCAGAGGAUACAUUUUUCAUUCACAAGCUCCUGGAGACCCUUCAAUGGGCCAUGAUGCUGACAAUCUUCAAUAUGUUGCUCUGAAUCUGAACAAGAACAUGUCGAGAAGACAGAGAAAAAACACGGAGGAAGAGACCGUUGUCUUGUACUCUAGUAUUAGACAGUAGGACAGGAUGACACCACCUAAUGACCUAACAACAUCUGCACUUCUAUUGACACUCUACUAAUGAAUUCAGAGCAUCGCUUUUCUGCCAAACAGACAUUUUCAUGCUUAUCAUGACUUAAUAGUGGGGAAAAUUCUUUUGAGAAUGUAUAUGUCAAAGAAGGCGUAUGCAUUCAUGCAAAUACAUACUUUUAUUGAUAUUAUCAGUUUGUAUUAUUAAGUUCGAGUUGUAUUAUCAGUUUGAGUUGUAAAGAGAACGCUUAAUCCCAAAGAUAAAAUAGCAUCAGUAAAAACGAAUUCUAAAAAUAAGUCUAUACCAGUUUAGACAGUAUUAAAAGCAAUUAACAUUUGCCUUUUAAAUGUUUCUUUUUUUUUCUUUGUGACCUGCCAGGUUGAUAGAAUUACAUUCAUAGUUUUUCAGCUGAAAAUUAUGAGAAGUUUGGAAUGGGAAGUAGUACAUUUCAACUUGGAAAUGUUCCCAGUUUACUUAUAUACAUCCGACGAAUAGGAUGGAAUCCUGUUUUAUUUGGCUUUUUAUUCACUCAUAUUUUUCAUUGUUCUGGUAGAUGUUUUAUAAAAUGUGCAUUCCCUUGAUGUAGUGAAUUUGCAUCCAUGAGAGUCAGUUGUGGUUAUGUUAGCGAGUAUCUUAGCUUUGUCGGUGUGCCUUGUGGGUGUCGCUGCUGUUACAUUUUUCUGAGAUGUUCAGCUACUGUUCUAUGUCUGCCCAAAGAACAAGCCAUAGUUUGUGAGGAUGUCAGCUAAGCAGCAUCGUUGGCACUACCACUCAUACACUCACUGAGCAUUUCAUAUUCGCCACCACUCAUCACUCAUUCUGUGCUUGUUCCUUGUCUGCUCCAUCCUCUUUAUUUAGCCUAAUUUAACAAACAACAGUAUCAGCAUUUAUAACAUGACUAUUGCAAUUAUUUAGACUAUAAUCUGUUUUAAAGAAGUUUCAACAUUUCAACAUUUAAUGAAAUGCUUUAAUGAAUGAAUGUGUAACCAUGUAAGGUUGUUUUUGACACCCAUGUUCAUAAUGGCUAAUUCUUCGCCCUCAGAAGUCAUGCAUGGUUUACCACCAUCAACUACAGUCAUUCAAUUUUACAAAAGUAAAAUGUCAUAAUUCUUCCUCUCGUGCAAUAAUCAUGCUGUCUAAUCAGCAUCUUGAU